CAUCCGUGCCACAGCCAAUGUUGGUAAAUGCGGUAUUCGUCACCAUUGGGCCAACGAAUGUUAUCGUUGUUUAGCGAACGGUAGCAAAAUACACAAAGGCCCAUUGUUGGGCAUCACUGCCACUGCCAAUGUUGGUAAAUGCGAUAUAUGUCAUCAUUGGGCCAACGAAUAUUAUCGUUGUUUAGCCAACGGUACCAAAAUACACAAAGGCCCAUUGUUGGGCAUCUGUGCCACAGCGAAUGUUGGUAAAUGCGAUGGUGGGCCAAUACAAAAUUAAUGUUGGCUACGGAACGAACCUCAUCCCAACGUUUUCCCUACCGUUGGCACCGUGGGCCCCAACGAAAAUGCUACUAAUUUGCUCCCCUAGUAAACUAUAGCUCGAAUCAAUGAUAUCCCAAACAAUGGGUAUCUUUAGCUCCUCAUUAUUGCUUCAGAUAUGUAAACAAUAUUAUUUAAAACAUGUUAGAUGAGAUACUCUUCAAUUCAUCUAAAUAUUUAAUAAUUAAUAGUUACAAAAAUAUUUAUAAUUUCCUUAAUUUGGAGCAAAGUUGGACCAUUUUACGUACCAUAAAAUUUAGCAGGUUCUUGGCAGUGAACGUGUUAAGAUUGUUAAUCCGACCCCGGAAUUAAACGAGCCUACGUACUUAUAAUUAUAACGCUAAUCCCAAAAAAUCCCUCAAUUUACAACUUACCUUCGUACCCAACGCUAAAAUGGAAUCCCCGAAAUAUCGGAAAAAUAAAACCACAGAAUUUUUCCAUAAAUUGGACAAAAUUAUCUUCGUUUGCAGCAGCAUGAACUACUGGGUAGAUCAUAAUGGUAUACCUGGGGUAUACAUGAACGUGUACAAGAGAAUUAUGAAAGUUAUAAAGGCAGGGAUUGUUCUGUUUGUGGUGGGAGAGUUGACGUCAUUCUUCACUCAAAACAAUUUGACGGAGAAUCAGAAAUCUGACCGCCUUAUGAUGACGCUUUCACACACUUUGCUGUACUAUGUCACACUCUCUCUGGAUAAGGAGACUGUGACAGAGAUACUAUUUACCUUAGCUGUUGGUUUAAAGAAGGAUUUCAAUGAUCCGGAGACUGAGAUACUUAUGCUGAAACGCACCAAAAUCUACGCAUGUACGUUUGUGUUUCUUUCCUUCAACUCGAUACUAUUUUACGGUAUCAAAGGAUUUACUAAGGUAUUGUUUUCAGAUGAAACUUUCAUCACAAUGAUAACCGCCUGGCCCGAUGUCCACGACCGAUCACCCCUCGCCGGAGUCGGUCGCGUCGUCGUCUACGUUCUCUGCUGGCUAUGGAUGGCCAGAGUCACCACCGCCUAUCUCCUUGUCCUUGUUGUCACCAUCUCCCUCAGCCAUCAGUACAUGAACCUGCAGAUGUACUUUAAGAGUCUCGCGGGGGUAUUUGAAGAGAGGAUUAGUCAGAGUGAGAAGGAAGAGAAGUAUGAGAGGGCUCUUAAGCUUGGUAUAAGAUUGCAUGCUACCACCAUUUGGUGCACGCAACAAGUGCAGAGAACUUGUGGAAACGUGUUCAGCGCACAUAUCAUUAUUAACAUCUUUGUAAUGGUGCAACUCUUGUCACAGUUUAAGGAUGCCGAUCGGUCUCCGGGUCACGUGUCGGCUAUAUUAGCCACCUCUGUGACCAUGCUGAUCAACACUGGAUUCAUUAUGUGGAGCGCAGGAGACGUCACUGUUGAGGCAGGCAAUUUACCGACGGCCAUCUUUAUGUCAGGAUGGCAGAACUGCACGAACAUGUCUUCUUACCGAAUUCGGCGACUGGUGUUGAUUGCUAUGAUCCAAAGUCAGAAACCUGUCAUCAUCAAGAGUUUCGGAUUCAUAGAAAUCUCUUAUCAAUCGUAUGUAUCGAUCGUGAAGACAUCGUACUCCAUAUUCUCAGUUUUGUAUUAAAAAACGGAAAAUUAACCUUUUGACCGCCACGACUAUUUUAUAUAACACGCAAUAGUAAACUUUAUCGUAAUGUAUGAAGGUUCGUUUUA